AUGACGGAUAAACCAGAAAGAGUCGCGGAGCACCAGAGGAAGCAGAUGGAGACAGCGAAGAAAGAACUUCAGGUUAUUCUGAAGAAAAUUGAAGUUCGGGGAUUGAUCCCCAGGUGCUUUGGCCUCUGGCGCGCUUCUUCAUUGUUAUGUGCCCCGACGAAAUUCCGACUGAGUGGAAGACAUCUUCUGGGUCUCGGUAUCCUCUGUUACAUCAGUUAUUACUUCACCAAUGACUAUUUUUUGUCUCAUCGUCAUCAAAAGUGUCUAGUGGAGACUCCCACAGUGUUUCAAAGGAUUUUCCGGCCCGCUGAGGACUGCUCUGUUUGUCAUGACGUUCAACAGGUUGAAAAACUUGCCAAUGUCGAGCCCGAAGUUUUUGAAGAACGUUAUGCAUAUUCAGGGAGGCCCGUGGUGAUAACAGACGCGACGAGCAAUUGGUCGGCAACGAGGGUUUUUUCAUUUGGAUUCUUUAAGUCACUUUAUCAAGAUCAAGAUGCCAACUGUCAGUUUUUUCCUUAUAAAACGGACUUUAGAAGUUUGAGGGAGGUGUUUAAUAUGACGGAGGAUCGAGCGAGGUUGAGGCCGGGGAGUCAGCCUUGGUAUGUUGGGUGGAGUAAUUGCGAUGAAAAAAUCGGCACAAUUCUCCGUCAACACUACCACCGCCCCUACUUCCUCCCGCCCCUAGCCGAGAGUGAGAAGACUGAUUGGAUUUUCAUGGGGAGUUCCGGUUACGGUGCCCCAAUGCACGUCGAUGAUGUGGAGCACGCCUCGUGGCAGGCGCAAAUAAAGGGUUCCAAGCUGUGGAUACUCGAGCCACCGAGAGAGUGUCAUUACACAUGUGCUCGGGUCGAAGUUGUCGUCGAGCCCGGCGAGAUAAUAAUUCUGGAUACGAAUCGAUGGUACCACCAGACCCGAAUAAUUUCCGAAGACCUGAGCAUAACAAUCGGCGCGGAAUACGAUUAA